AUGGAGCGACGCCCCUCAAGAACGCGAUUCUACCUGGUGGGUGGCGGGAAGCGAGGAGAAUCUGUGAAGGCUGAUGAUGAUCAGGGUCUGCUGUUGCCGAAACCGAAAUUGGAGGGGGCCCUUGCCACCGCGACCAAACAAGAACAACAUCGCCCGACUUCUUUCCUCUCCCCCGUCCUGUUCAACCCAAAAAUGACCGAGUCCUACACCUCCUCGCGCAACGGCGACCUCGCGUCCAAUGGCCUCUCCAAUGGCUCAAGCCCGUCACUGGUGCCGAACGCCCAGACCGCUGGCAUUUCCAGUGUCAUUCGCAAAAAGCUCAUGGGCUAUGUCGGUUUCGCCAACCUCCCCAACCAGGUCCACAGGAAGAGUGUCAGGAAGGGCUUCCAGUUCACCGCCAUGGUCGUCGGAGAGUCUGGCCUUGGGAAGUCGACUCUGAUUAACACCCUCUUCAACACCACUCUCUACCCGCAGAAAGAGCCCCUCCCUCCUGCAGCCGAACGGCCGAAGACCGUUGCCAUUGAGAGUAUCGGCGCUGAUAUCGAGGAAAACGGUGUCCGACUUCAUUUAACAGUCGUCGACACGCCCGGUUUCGGUGAUUUCGUCAACAACGACGACAGUUGGAAACCCAUUGUUGAGAACAUCGAAUCUCGGUUCGACUCGUAUCUUGAGCAAGAAAACCGCGUCAACAGGACCAAGAUUGUCGAUAAUCGCGUCCACGCGUGCCUGUACUUCAUUCAACCGACGGGACACUCGCUCAAGCAGCUUGAUAUCGAAUUCAUGCGCAGACUGCACACCAAAGUCAACCUUAUCCCCAUCAUUGCCAAGUCCGACACCCUGACCGAUGAGGAGGUUACCGAGUUCAAGGAGAGAAUCUUGGCUGACAUUGCGCACCACAACAUCCAUAUCUUCCAAGCACCUACUUACGAGAACGAGGAUGAGGAGACCAUUGCUGAGGCGGAGGAGAUUGCCAGCAAGAUUCCUUUCGCCGUCGUAGGUUCAGACAAGAUCGUGGUCACGCCCGACGGUCGCGAGGUCCGUGGUCGUGUGUACCCUUGGGGUGUCGUGGAGGUCGACAACGAGGAGCAUUGCGACUUUGUCAAGCUUCGUCAAAUGCUCGUUCGUACGUACAUGGAGGAACUCAGGGAGUACACCAACGACGUUCUGUACGAGAACUGGCGCACAGAGAAGCUCCUCAGCAUGGGUGUUGCUCAGGAUUCAUCCGUGUUCAAGGAGAUCAACCCUGCUGCGAGAUUGCAGGAAGAGCGUGUCCUUCAUGAGGCCAAACUUGCCAAGAUGGAGGCCGAGAUGAAGAUGGUGUUCCAGCAGAAGGUGCAGGAGAAGGAAGCGAAGCUCAAGCAAUCCGAAGAGGAGCUGUAUGCUCGCCACAAGGAAAUGAAGGAUGCUCUUGACAAGCAACGUCUUGAUCUUGAGGAUAAGAAAAGGAAGAUCGAGAGUGGUCGUCCUUUGACACCUGAGAAGUCUUCUACUACGAGGAAGAAGGGUUUCCUCCGCACGUAG